UGCGGCGGGGCCCAGCAUCUAAUACGCACCACACGCGUAGCCGGGAUCCCGUCUUCUAAGGACAUGAAAGUCUGGGACGAUAAAUAGUGGCGCCACCCUCUCCCGCGACCGUGUGGCUCUCCGCUCAUAUCCCGGCACACCCACUCCGCGUUCGCCACGGGCGAGGCGUACAUGGCCAAGGGGCGGAGGCACGGGGCGGAGCGGCUCCUCAAGGCUCCCGCCCAUUCCGCAGGCAGAAGUGGCCCCGCCGACCUCCCCAACCUCGCCGAGGACGACAUCUGGGCCGCCUUCGAAGGCGACAACGACGAAGCCGGCGGCCAGGACCGGCGGACGAGCCGCGCCCGUUCACGCGUAUGGGUCGACGAGCACGUGGGCGGUCUCUCCCUGGCCUUCGAGGACUCGUACCAUGGGACGGCGGCGGUGGCGGCCCGGUCGCUGCCGCGCGAGCGGCGCCGGGUGGCAGCUUCAGCGCCAGUGAACGUGCCAACCUGGUCAAGGUCGCUUCGGUCCAGCUCGGGCGUUCCGCCGCCGGAGGAGGAGGCGGAGGAGGAGGAGGAAGAAACGGGCGGCGAGUGGCUGCCGCCGCACGAAUACCUGGCGCGGGUGCAGGGGAAGACCAUGGGGACGUCGGUGUUGGAAGGCGCGGGGAGAACGCUAAAGGGACGGGACAUGAGCCGGGUCCGGGACGCGGUCUGGAGCCAGACCGGCUACUUUGGUUGAAGCGGGACCGAAGCAGGCAAUCACAGCCCACCUCCGAUCGUUUCUUUGCAUCCUUGAUGAGUUUUGUGAAGCGGUGGUUUGGCCUCGUGGAGUGGAAUGGAAUUUUUGCGACCUAAUAGAUUGCUUAGCUAUGAGGCUGACGUUGAAGAAACGAAUAUCGGCCGCAGCUAGUUUAGGUGGUAAAGAAGGAUUAAGCGAGAUCCUGAUUCAGACUCGUCUUUGCCAAAUUACUUGCGUUGAUUCCCACCUCCGUACGGGGAAGCGAUAACACCACCACGGCUGGAUGUCACUUCCUCUUCUCAGUGAAGGAACCUAAUGGUGUUUGGGCGAGGCGAUAUGCCUUGCAAGCUACCA